AUGGCCUCCUCGCAAUCUAUGGUGAGGCUGGUCGCCUCUCGUCGCCCUGUCCUGGCCGCGCCCUCUUCGGCCCUGCGCCUCGCGUCCACCGCAAAUUUCUCGUCCUCUGCGUCCCGAAAAGCCACUCCCAGGGGACCUCCUCCCUCGGGUUUCCGUCUGCCCCGGCCGAAGAGAUGGGAUGAGUCUGAGGAGUCGUCGCUGGACAAGGCCAGCAAAUACUUCCUGAUGGCCGAAAUGUUCCGCGGCAUGUACGUCGUGUUGGAGCAGUUCUUCAGACCACCUUACACUAUCUACUACCCCUUCGAGAAGGGUCCCAUCUCCCCGCGAUUCCGUGGCGAACAUGCGCUGCGUCGCUACCCCUCUGGCGAAGAACGCUGUAUCGCGUGCAAGCUGUGCGAGGCUAUCUGCCCUGCCCAGGCCAUUACCAUUGAGGCCGAAGAGCGUGAAGACGGCAGCCGACGAACGACCAGAUACGACAUUGAUAUGACCAAGUGCAUCUACUGUGGUUACUGCCAGGAGAGCUGCCCUGUCGAUGCCAUUGUUGAAUCGCCCAACGCUGAAUAUGCUACGGAGACUCGAGAAGAGCUGCUGUACAACAAGGAGAAGCUGCUGGCAAAUGGUGACAGAUGGGAGCCUGAGCUGGCUGCUGCGAUUCGGGCUGAUGCUCCUUACCGAUGA